ACGAAAAUUCCUCCACAGGUUGUUAUUUCUCGGCGACAUUCCGUCAUAGCACACUCCCUUCGAUUUUGUCCCCGAAUCAUUCCUCCAUAUCACACCAUGGCUGAUAUUGCCGUAUCUUCUCACAGGAAGGACCCUUCUAUCAGAAAGAGCAACAAACCAUUGAUGGAAAAGAAACGAAGAGCAAGAAUCAACAAUUGUCUGUCGCAGCUGAAGACUCUCACACUACAAGCACUUAAGAAAGAUAGCUCACAGUUUUCCAAGCUGGAGAAGGCCGACAUAUUGGAGUUGACGGUUAAACAUCUGAGAAACCUACAACGUCAACAGAUAUCAGCUUCCAUGGCAACCGAUACCUCAGUGAUGGGCAAAUACAGAGCUGGUUUCAAUGAAUGCGCAAACGAAGUGAUGCGGUAUUUGAGUUCCAGUCACGACAUCAACGGCGAUGUACGAAGUCAGCUGAUCAACCACCUCGCCAACUGCCUCCAAGCAGUCAACAGUGUACAGACACCGGACUCCAUACACCAAAGAUGUCUCCAGCCAAUCAGCGUUCAGAUCCCAUCCUCUGGACAGGCAACCCACAACACACCUCCGUCCAUGACGACAGCAUCAUCUCACCCGCAGACACCUGUUGCAUCAACACCCAUCAUCCCGUCACCGACAUCCACACCAUCAACCAGUCCUGUUCAACUCGCAGGGGCUUUCCAUAUCAUGCCAGGCAACAUGUGCAACGGAAGCGCUGUGGCCGUGUAUCUAGGCAACCAGAACUCUCACUCCGUGCCAGUGUACUCUCUUCACGUUCCCCAGACAGACAACGGUGUUACCACAUUUGUGCCUUCCCCCACAGGUUCCUCCCAGUCCCCCACCUCCCCAACUCAACUCUUCUACAGUGAACGAAAACACAGUGACUCUCGUUUCACCCCUUACACCACAAGUCCCACGUGCUCCCCGUCGCCGUCUAAGGUCAAGGAGGAAUGCGUGUGGCGGCCAUGGUAACAACCUACCGUGUUCAUAUUAUCACAAAGUGCCUACAAACUCUUGGAUUUACAUCGUUGACUAUUCCGUGCCAUGAUAUCUCAUUCCAAUCUUCUGGACUUUCCACUUUUGUUGAAGCAGAACUGUGCGAGUGAAGUCUGCAGGCCAUUCCUUAUGGCCGUGCCGUUCAUUGAACAUUCAUUCAUACCUUGGUGCAUAUGACAGUAUUUUUUGUUACAAAUCAAAUAGCAUUUACUGUUUUGUUAUUAAAAAAUUGAAACUAAA